GCACAACAUCAGUGCCUCCAAGUCUGCAUCCAGGCGUCAAGGCGCGGUGCUGAAAGAGUUAAUCAGAUGUGGAAGAGAGCGCUGAGCUGCCAUGGAUCCACCUUCAGAGAUCUGCGGCGCCUCCUCACACAGCUGACUGGGAAACACAGGUAGUCUGUCCGAAUGGGCUCUCGGCGUAUAUACUUGUUGAUCUCCGGGCGAAACGCUGGUGCGAUAUGCGGAGCAGGAAGCAGGCGGGUGGGCAGUAGAUCGUGCUGAGGAUCUCUCUGCCAUGUCGGAGGCAGAGGAGGGGGAAAUGGAUUGGGUUAGACCCUGGCAAUAGUAAACCAAUAACGGCGUCUCCUUUUUUUUUUUUUUAAAUGCUACUGCUUCAUUUUCGGAUUGAUUGUUCACAGCGGUACGUGCUGCUUUGAUUCAGUGCAGGAUGACUCCAACUCACUACGAUACAAUAAUGAAAGAAGACAGGACCAACCGUAGUCCAUAGCCCUGGAUGUUUGCCUGAUUCCUCAACCUAAAGUCAUCAUGGAGAAAUCCUUGGCAGAGUUAAAUAAAGCUGGCUCCCACUCCACAUCGUCGCUGCCACCCGAACCGGUGGACAUCAUUCGCAGCAAGUCAUGUUUCCGCAGAGUCAGGCUGAAUGUUGGGGGUCUCCCACAUGAGGUCUUGUGGCGAACGUUAGACAGGUUACCACGAACACGUUUGGGAAAGUUACGAGACUGCAACACCCACGAAUCUCUGAUGGAAGUGUGUGACGACUACAACCUGGAGGAGAAUGAGUACUUUUUUGACCGACAUCCGGGGGCGUUCACGUCAAUUCUGAACUUCUACCGCACGGGUAAGCUGCACAUGAUGGAAGAAAUGUGCGCCCUGUCGUUCAGUCAAGAACUCGACUACUGGGGCAUCGACGAGAUCUACCUGGAGUCCUGCUGCCAGGCGAGGUACCACCAGAAAAAGGAGCAAAUGAAUGAGGAGCUCAAACGAGAGGCCGACAAUAUGAAGGACAGAGAAGGAGAAGAAUUCGACAACACUUGCUGCGCUGAAAAACGAAAGAAACUUUGGGACCUCCUGGAAAAGCCCAGCUCAUCUGUUGCAGCAAAGAUCCUGGCCAUCAUCUCCAUCCUCUUCAUCGUGCUAUCCACCAUUGCCUUGUCUCUGAACACCCUUCCAGAGCUGCAGGACACUGAUGAGUUUGGCCAGUCAUCAGACAACCCACAACUGGCCCACGUGGAAGCUGUGUGUAUUGCCUGGUUUACCAUGGAGUAUCUGCUUCGCUUUCUCUCCUCACCCAACAAGUGGAAGUUCUUUAAGGGUCCUCUGAAUGUCAUCGACCUGCUGGCCAUCUUGCCCUACUACGUCACCAUCUUCCUGACAGAAUCCAACAAGAGCGUGCUGCAAUUUCAGAAUGUCCGCCGUGUGGUUCAGAUUUUUCGGAUUAUGCGUAUCCUGCGUAUUCUAAAGCUGGCUCGUCACUCGACAGGUCUUCAGUCCCUGGGCUUCACUCUCAGGAGGAGUUACAAUGAGCUGGGCCUGCUUAUUCUUUUCCUGGCCAUGGGCAUCAUGAUCUUCUCCAGUCUGGUGUUCUUUGCUGAGAAGGAUGAGGAGGAUACAAAAUUUAAAAGCAUUCCAGCUUCUUUCUGGUGGGCUACUAUUACUAUGACGACAGUAGGCUACGGAGAUAUCUACCCAAAAACUCUUCUGGGAAAGAUUGUGGGGGGUUUAUGCUGCAUAGCAGGAGUGCUAGUGAUCGCCCUACCUAUUCCUAUUAUUGUAAAUAACUUCUCUGAAUUCUACAAGGAGCAGAAGAGGCAGGAAAAAGCACUUAAACGAAGAGAGGCCCUAGAGAGGGCAAAAAGAAAUGGUAGCAUUGUCUCAAUGAACUUGAAAGAGGCAUUUGCUCGAAGUGCAGAACUGAUGGAUGUGGUGGUAGAGAAAAGUGAGAGGCCUCACGACAACCAUCUUUCUCCAAGCCGUUGGAAAUGGACCCCCAAGAGAGCUGCAUCAGAGACCAGCUCAAACCGUUCCUUCAACGCCCAGGAUUUAACCUCUCCCAACAAGGCCCGAGCCACCAGUCCCCAGAGGCUAAAUGUCCAGAAGCUCGAGGAGAUGUACAACCAGAUGGCCAAAACACAAUCCCAGCCUAACCUCAAUGCUAAAGAUAGGGGCUCCAGAGUUAGCAAACAGAGGGAUGAGAUAGAGCUGGGAGCUAUCCAAGAUCACGGGCCACCAGUGCUAGGAACCAGAGAAGGAGUCGGGGACAUGAAAAGCUUGUCCAGCAUUGACAGCUACAUCAGUUGUGCUACAGACUUCCAGGAGAAUACACGCUUCCCCCAUAGUCCAGCAAUUGACCUUGGUCUUCAGGAAAGCAACCGGUACUCCCACAGUCCAGCUACAGCUUUGUCCCAGCACAGCAGUACAAAAACAGGCCAGCAAACCAUUGGGGAGCAUGAGCCCAUGCUGACUCCUGUGUCUAUCACAAAGCCCUCAUGCUCAGAGAAUGCACGGAGAUUCUUCUUUUCUGGCAACUCCUCAAAAAGCCUUAUCAACAAAGGAGGCUGUCGCAGUGAGGGGGAGUCAGGCCCGUCCCCGCUCUCAGACAGCUCAGUCCUGUCAGACCGCUCUCUGUUAAGCCCUGAAGCUUCUGUCUACACCACUGCCAGCAGCAGAACCCCACCCAAGUCCCCAGAUAGCAGCACCCAACUGGCCCCAACUGUCUUCACCUUCCACGACUCCUCCAUCAGCAAAUACAUUGAUGCUGACACAGAUGACGAUGAGCACCUCCGCGACAUCUCUGACACCAGUCCUUCAGAGCGUCUUUUGGCUGGUUCAAGCCCAAAACGCAGCAUCAACAUCAAUUACCAGAAAGGCACCAACCAUUUAGAAGCAGCCCAAAAAAUGCUGGGACAGAACUGUCUGUUCCCCAUUGAAGGGAUUCGUGGGGUAGCUCACGAGAAUCACGUAGGACCUGAGAUGGCACGGAGACCAAAGGUUGAGAGGAUGCGUCAAAAUACUUUGGAUAAAAACCUUUGAGGUCCAAGUGCAACAGAAAUAAACAGAAAGCUGGAGCCAGAGUGUUUUUGGAUGGAGACACCAGACAGACUAAAAACACUCUGUAAUCCAGAAAUGAAGGAGGAGGGAGAGACAAAGGGUCUCUGCGAAAAAUUUCACAAAUUACCUGAGCAUGCCGUCAGGCACCAAGCUCAGGGUCAACAUGUGUGGUGAAUACUCUGGGAGAAAAACACUUAUAAAUUGGAGAAUGUCACUGCCCCUGCUUCAACUCAUUCCUAUUAGUGGUAUAACACAAACAAAAGAGCACUCCCAGGUAGCCAGCGGGUCUGUUCAGAGAUCCCUGUGGAGGCAGAGACGUAAGAGAAGUUCAAAUGUGAUUAUAAAUGGUGUAACCAAACUGAAUGAUGGUUUUAGCAUCAGGGGGAUAUCUCUAGUAUAAAAAAAUCCCAGCUGCCCACUAUCCCAUCACUGAGUUCCAGUUCAUUUUGUAGUCUUGGAGAUACAGGAGAGGACCUAGAAGCCUAUAAGCUACUUACUUGUGCCCUCCAUUCCCAAAACCGGCCUUAGUCAUUUACAUUUGUAGGGGUGUGCAUGUCUGACUAUAUUGUAAGUGUGUGUGUGCAUGUGUGUGAGUGAGCGUGAAUGUUGAUGGGUGGUCUGAUGGUAAUUCAUGUACACACACUCUUGAGAUUGUCUUACCUGAUUUAUUUUUAUAUAGAUAAGAGAAAGUUCCUUAUAGAAAUAUGUGAUUUGCUAGUCUGCUCUGUCAUAAUCAUAUGUGAAGAGUAAUCCUGUAUAAGGUUCAAUGUCUUGGCACAGAGGCUGCGGUUAUCUGAGGCUCCAGCCCAUCAUCCAUUAUUAUGAGCACUCUUUCUUGGACAGUAUUUUGCUAUCCCCUAUGUUAUCAUGUCAUGGUGCGAAUGGAUGAUACUUUCAAAUCUUGAGCAGUGAAUAUUGUCUUAGCACCUCAGUAUCAUUUCUAAAGGAUGUUAGUGGUAGUGGACCAAGACUUUUUGAUAUGGGCUAUCAUAAGAGCCAGAAAUAAUAAGCUUGAAUGCUGCAUAAAGCGCACAUUUAUGAAGCAUGCAUGCACCCAAUCAGUCAACAUAUAAAAACAUGAGAUGCUUUUAGAAAUGAAAUAUAUAAAAAUCCUCUAAUAUAGUUUUUUUUAAUGUUUACAGCAUAUCAUCACUGACAUAAAGUUUAGACUUCAGUAACAGUUGUUCAGCAUGCAUUGGCCUUCUUUUGAACAGCCCCCGGGGCGUCAAAUACAGCAGCUUGGUCAGUUGCCAUUGGUGUCUGAUUUUGAUGCACAAGGAACCCCUUUAGCAUCUGUAUGAGAUGCACCAGGCUUCCAGCUAACUCCAAUGUAAACCCACUGGAUGAGAAAGUCCGAGUGGGGUGGGACAGAAAGAGGGGUGGUGGGUGGGUCAAACAAAUACAGGACUUUCAACCCAGGAGACAUCUGUUUGGGUGUCAAACAUUCAUUUUUUGUAACUAAAUUACAUCAUUAAUGUUUUGUCAGUCACAUACAUCAUGUGACAUAGUUGUUAACUUAAUUUAGGUUACAAAACAAAUAUAUUUAUUUGAACUCAAAACUUUAAAACCUAACCAGGUAGUUUUGUUACCUCAACCUAAAGUAGUUUGACGUGACAAAACCUGCAUUCCUACAUGGAAGUUUAUUUUGAAAUGACACUACACAUGUAAUGAGCGUAAAUUGACAUGCCGUCCCUGAGCAUCCAAAACUGAUGCUAGAGGGUACCUAGAGCCCCAUAGUUGACCAAGCUGACAUAUUUGACAAAUUGAGAGUAAGAAUGUGUUGACACGAAAGCAUCCAAAGAGAUCACAAUCUGAGAAAAUGGAAUAGGUGUGUAUUUGAUAGUGAAAGCAGGCAAGUUUUCCAUCUCUACUUUAUUCCUUUAAUAGUCAAGAUAAACUUUAAUGGCACUAAAUAUAAACCGCCAGGUUAACUUUAAGUCAGGUGUAAACACCUGACCAAAUGAAACCCAUGCAUGAGCACACACACCCAUUACAGAUACAUACAGGUAUGAGAGGCCAUUUUCAGGAUACAUACAGUAGAUACAUUUAGUUUCCAUAGAGACAGCAGCUCUUCCCAAGGACUGGCAGCAGCUCAGCAACGGUUUGUUAAUUGGAGCGCCAAGGUCUGAAUGCAUGUAACGUAUGUUCAACAUAUAUACAAGAACUCACACAUAGGCAUGUACCCAUAAAGUGACAGGUAUGCACAGUAGUCACAUGUAAGCAGAGCAACUCCUCACUGUGCAUAUUUAUGAGUAUGGUGUAAAAGCAACAUUAUGAUGUGAGGACCUUGUACAUACAUUAUGUUUUUGUCUAAAAUCUUUGUAGCAUUCCAUUAAUACUGCAGUUCCCCACAAUGCAUUCUCUAUUAUGUGUUUACAGUAAGCGUCACUUCACAUAUAAUGGCAUAAGACAAAAGUGCUGUUUCUGCUGAGAGGAGCGUAAUAGAAAUGGUCUUCAUCAGAAUCCUAGCCUUAAAAAUUUGAAUUAAAUCAUAUAUUAAGACAAACAUACUGUUACUCCUUUAGCCCCUUGAAAUAUAAUUUCACAGGCUGUUCUAGUGCAGUAUUCAUAUGUUUUCCCAUGAAAGUAAUGCACAUAUCCUACCUAAUCAUGAUAUAAUGAUGAUCAUACAGAUUAUAGAUGAUCAUAUCCUUUCCCCAGCAGACUGGUGUUUGGAACCAUGUCAACUUUGAGUCAUUUUAAGGUACAUCAUCACCAUGUUUCUCUUUCUAAACCUUACAACAGUAACUUUAUAUUAAGUAAAUCACAUGAACCUUUGUAUUAGGAUACAAUAAAUUUAAAAUGGGAAGGGCAAGAGUCUUAUGUAGUUAGAGAUGAACAAAGGAGAAUCUCACUGCCAACUAAACAAACUCUUAAAGAAAAGUGACCAAACUUUAAAAGCUUCAUGACACAAGUAUAAAGGCGAAAUCGACAAACAGAAGAGGUCAUUGCACUUUUAAAAAUGCAGGUGUUGAGCAAAAUUGUAUUCAAAAGUCAACAGAGGGUGAUCGACAUUCAUUUUUUAGUGUUGUGGUUAAGAGUCUAAUCACAAACCCUGAUUUCAUUUCCUGUUUUAAUCACAGAGUUGAACCAUUUCAUAUUGCUCUCCCAUAGUGAGAGGAGCGGAGGUGUGAAAGGAAUAGCAAUGACUGUGAGAUGCAGAGGGAACCAUGUGUGUCUCAGUGUGUGUGUGUGUGUGUGUGUGUGUGUGUGUGUGUGUAUGACAGCUGUAAAGCCAGGGCAUUAGAGCAGUGUGGCUGCCGCUUAAUGGAAAAGAAUGAACUGUUUAUCAAUGUAUGCAUGUUGGGGGAAUCCUGCUUCUGUUUUCUCCAUAUUAUAUCAGCAGUUCUGACUCUAACAUGGAGCAGUGACACAGACUGAACUCUAAUCAUAUGAGUGAUUAAGAUCACUUUAGCACACAUUUCAAAGUGCAGCUUCAUUUACAGCUGAGAAGAGAGGGAUGGGAGGCACAAUUUAUGGAUCUUACUUAGCACAUGUCAUAUAAUUAGGCAAGGAUGGGUGGUUUGAGCUGAUGAUAAAUUCAUUUUAUGCAGCUUCAUACACUAUGAACACACAUUUCUUUUUAUAAUCCAAAUAAAUUUUCUGAUCAUUGUCAUUUCUUGCACAUAAACAAAAAAUCUGCAUAUAUUCCAAGUUAAGUUCACAAAAACAGAAAACACUCACACUCAAAAUGAUUUUUAAACAUAAACUUAGGUAUCAUCUGCAAAGAAGUGUUCCCAGAUUAAAUUAAUUGAUUUUUAGAAUGAGAAAAUGUCCUUUUGCAUCACAAUUAAUUGCAGAUAUUUAACAUGAUGGCCUCUGGUCAUACUUAAAUUGAAUCAUGUUUGAAAGUUUCCUGUGAAUGGCUGCUCCUUUUCAUUCAUUCUGUCCACAAUGAACUUGUAUGAUUCAAUAUACCACAUUAGGAGGUGGAAGUGGCACAGAUUCAAUUGACCCUUUGUUAAGCCCCGCCCCUUUGUGGUGGUCCAUCAAGCUGUUGGAGCGAGCAUAGAGCCCACACUGUAAGUAACUGCACUCCCUGAAGAAAUAUUAGCAACUUUUUGGAAAAAUGAUGAUUUCAGAGAGGAGACACAAGGGUUUACAAUAUGUGUUUGAAGGACAUAUCCAGGAUGUCAAACUCACUCAUCAACAAAAACAGGUUAAAAAAGAUAAAGAUAGUUAGACCAUAAAUCCUAUAGGGUACGGGUAACAGUAUUAAAGUGGCCCAUCACAUCACCGUUAGAGACAGAAGACAAUGAAUAUAAAGGGAAACUUGUUGAUAUUCAACCAGUUGGGUGUCAUCACACUGUGUGCAGAUGAACGGUGUUUGUCUUCCCCCCAUGCCACCAGACCCGCUGGACCUCCACCAGCGGGCAGACGGGGAGUUCCGGGGGAAGCCAAACAGCAUUCAUUUGCAAACACUGCAAUGACACACAGCUGGUAGGUCUUUAUUAACUGUUAUAAUCUAUAAAAAGUAUAAGCAAAAUGUGUAUACAUUUAGUAAGCUACAUCUUCAGUAGCUAGUUAGCUAACCCUACACUUCUAAGGAUUUGAUUUUGGUUUUGGAACAGGGAAAAAACGUAUAUCUUUUUCCAACAUCUCCAAGUAAUGAGUAUCACAAUUGCACGUGCCUGAGGCACAACAUGUAGUUCGAAAUCCACAAACCAGCCUGAAAAUGAAGAAAAUCAGAAACAAUUGCAUUAGAGUCAAUGGAGCACAGCUGUGUAAUUGUCGGACCCUUGUUGAAGCUGGCCAGUGCUGGGCUAUGAUUGGCCAGUCUGCGUUCGAGGGGUGGGACAUAGCAAAGGGUCAAGUAAGCCUGGUCCGUGUCAUUGUUUUUUUCAUUUGGCUCAUAGACCACCAGUUGAAUGCUCGUUCUUGAUUGAACAUUUAUAGCAUAAUUAUCUCAUGAAAAGUCAAGGCCAAUGUAUGCCAACACCUUUUACCUUUGAGAUUUCAAGAUGUUUUCUUAAGUUGUAAAGAAACAAAUUUCAGUCAUACCUGUUCUUCUGAGAGCAUUAUAUCAUUUUUGAAAAAUGGAUGAUUAGGUUUAAUUGUUAACACUAAAGUAAAGGGCAUUCAGAUCACACAACCUCUCGUGAAGCAUCACGUGAGCUUCUCUCCCAUCAUUUAGAUUUUCUAUAUUUCGGUAGUCAGGGACCAUUUUUCACUGAAAUAUCUCUCAACAAUGAUGACAAUCAAUAUUACAUGAACAGACAGCAAGCACUAUUGUAGAGAACUGAGAUUUAUUUUCCCACGUGCAUACACACAAACACAAGCACUGAAAUCCUGCCACCAGUACUGGUACUCUUCAGCUUUUAGACAAGGUAGUGCAAAAGAAACAUCAAGCAUGAUGUGUUGAUUUGACACUUAGACUGUGAUACUGUGACAUGAUACCACCAUACUACAAAAAUAAUAUUCAUUUUACAAGUCAUCCUUGUUUUUAUUUUAUUUUGGCACUGUACUAUCCUCCAUUUCCAAGGGAGCCAUUCAAAUUAACAAAAUCAAUCAGUGAGAUCCCAGUGGAGAAAUUCAAAGGACUGAACCAUCAUGUUUUAUGAAGAAAACACAAUCGAGAGACUUGUUUUAUUUCUCAUUUAUUGACACACUAAGAUGAAGAGCACAGAUUCUCACACUUUUCCAUCACAGGACUCCCAGCUGUACAGUAAAUGCAUUUAGUUGAAACCUAAAAUAGAAUUCGGCUGUUGCCCUAGCUGCUAAAUUUAACUGUAAAGAGGUUCAAGUAUUUUUUUCCUUUUUUGUUAGAACCCCAUAGGACCCUUUUCAAGGACAUGUGGUAGUUUCCAAAACCCAGUGAGAACCCCUGCUUUAGCAAGUAGCCCAAUUCCACAUCCUCUGAAUCUAACACUGUAUUACAGGGUUGGGGUCGAUUCAGGAUGCCUUGAUGGAGUAAAACACGCAUCACACAUGACACUAUAGAAGGAACCAGUAUUAGAGCAUGACACAAUUAAAACCUAGUACAAAUUAAAAACCCAAAUUAUAUUUUUUCUACGUUUUCAGCUCUCAGUGGAAUUGACCCCAACCUUGCCUAAGCCAUCAGUCUUUGUAAAGUACACUGUUUCCAGGGAAUUGAAAAAAAGAUAUUUGAAUGACCUUAGCCAGCUCUUAUACAAUGUUGUUUGUAGGUCCCGAGGCUGUCUGUUUUGUACAAAAAAAAAUCAAAAAACAAACACAUUUUUACUUGUUGACUUUCUAUGCUGUUGUUUCUGUAUUAAUGUUCUAUUGUUCAGUGCAUGUUGUAACUUUGGCGUUGUGACUGGUUGUGAUUCACACAGAGCCAGUACUUGUCAUGUAAAAAAAAAAAAGUGUCUCAAUGUCCUAAGAUAUUUCUAUUUCUUAAGAAAAGCAACAUUUCCCUUGGAUGACUAAAUGAAAUAAAUCAGAUCACUUUACAUUUUGAUCAGGAAUUUCUGACUUUCAUUU